UAUGUCAUCACUUCCGUAAAACGAGAACUUAUGUUUAUUCUUUGUACCAAUUAGCUUCUGCUAGCUGAGAGCGGUGCACAUUAAAGCCAACAGCAAGCUAACCGUUUGGCUGCAGUUUGUUACGGGCAGCGGCUUCAGCAAUGGCCUGUUUUGGUUAGCUAAUGCCACUGAGUUGCAGACACUUUUCCCGCUUUAAAGUUACGGCUUAGCUGCCACUUUGUUGUUGUUUUUGUUUUGUUUUUUUAACGAUGCUGAGCAGCGUUGCCUUGCGGGCUCAGAUUGCCUCCAUAAUCGAUGUCCUGUCCAAAGCAGCCGUGGCAGAAAUCGCCAAAGUUGUGGAGGAUGGCGUGGUGGAGUUGCGGCUGGAAAUGUGUCAGCGUGAAAAUGACAUCAAGAAGCUGAAGAGCAACAUUGAGGUUCUGCACGACGAGCUGAGAUCACUGCAGGAGAGAGUGACCCUGCGACCUGGCAGCCAUGGCAGAGGUGAUCGUCACAAUGAUGUUGGUGAUGAGAGGAGCAUGCUUGAGCAGGGGCCCGCUGAUAAGGGCCCGAACAGCCUGUCCAUACCUGGGGUGCAGGUGAAAUGCGAACCUGUGGAGGAAGGAAGUGAAGAGGCCAGAGAUGAAGAACCGGGCUCGUAUGACAGGGACAGUGCCCAGUGGAGGUUGACAACACAAACUCCGACAGGACGCAACAACUCCGACUAUUUAAACCUAGGGCAGAACCCCGUGUCGUGUCUCCCUGAAUCUUCUCUGGACACGAGACUGGCGGCGCCCUUCAGCAGCUCCUCUGGGUGUCAGCAGAGCGCGUUCGGCCGCGGGCUGCUGGGAUACAGUCCGUACCGUAACUCGUACAACAUGGCGCGGAGGAGGACGGCAAAGAGGUUAAUGUUUAAGAAGGGUUUCAUCUGUCCAUACUGCGGUAAAUGUUUUGAGCGAGCCGGGCACCUGGAGAGGCAUAAAAGGAUCCACACCGGCGAGAAACCCUACCGCUGCGAGAUAUGCGGGAGACGCUUCAAUCAGAAAUGCAGCCUAAAGGAGCACAUGAAGAUACACAGAAGAUGUAUUGAGCCCAGUCCACUUGAGAUCAAAGUGGGUGAAGAGAAACCGACUCCCGAGGGGAAUCCACGUGCCGACACUCGUCGCACGGAAGAAGAGAGCCAGGGGGACGCUGAGGACGGCCUACCUAAGAACGAGGAUAAUCUCACAACACCCGUACACGUCAAAUCUGAACCCGCGGAGAACAACCUAUCGCAACCGGCUUUUCACGGAGGAACCGAUCAGACGGGGGACAACCUCAGUGAGAACUUCCCAACCUUUGAGAGAGACAGCCAGCAGUGGUUGACCAGAUUACACGGGCAAAACCACUCGGAGAUCAGCGGUGCAGAGUAUCUGGGCGGCUCGGCCUUCCCGGGGAUAGCUCAGUUACUGCCGCCGCCAGUCGAAGCUUCUUGUAGCACGUUCUCCUUUCCAGGGAAAUCGUACGGGGAACUCAAACGCAACGCGGUCCCCCAAACACCGUACGAGUCCCCAGACACGCUGCUAUCAAGCGAGGCGGGCUUGCACGGAAUGGCGGCAGCCGCGCUGAGUCACCACAGACCUGGAACCAGGUUGAUUCAGAUGAUCAAACCAAAGAAAAGCUUUGUCUGCUCAUACUGCGGCAAGGUCUUUGAGCGCGUCGGCCACCUCGACAGACACUUACGAAUUCAUACCGGGGAGAAGCCGUACGGUUGCCAUAUCUGCGGGAGGUGCUUCAAUCAGAAGAGUAGCCUCAAGGGCCACAUGAAGACGCACAGGAACGGGGAGAACGCAGACGUGCCGGAGGCCCAUCACCUGAUGUUUACGAUGCCCGAUAGCCAGCCGUUGAAGAACCUGGCGGAAGCCAAGACCGGACUGGCAGCUUCAGAGGAACAGUUCCUGGGCACCGCGUACGGCGAGGCAGCUGCUGAGCAAACAGUGAUGGUCAAGCUGGAGCCAAACGGGGAGGAUUUCCAAACUCUAUUGACUGAUAACGGCACCGGAGCACCCGGCCACAGGCAGCAGUGGACAUCGGUGAUAGAGAAGAGUAGUGGUCCUGACCAAACGGUCUGCGUGCUUUUACAUGAUGCCAAGGAUCACCUCAGUCCUGCUGCUGGAGCAGCCAACGGGCAGCAGGGAUUUACAUCGCCGAUAAGGGAUCUGCCUUUUCUAGACGACAAAGAAAAGGAAGAAACGGUGCACAAUAAUCAGUAUUCUAUGAUGGGUAUGCAAUCAAGAAGCUCUGAUAUGACUCUGGCACCUGAGCUGCAAGAUCACCAUACUGCACCCGAUGCAGCUGUGAAUGAGUACACGGCACUGAGUGAUAGGACUCGCGAGGGAGGUGUGUUUGAAUUUAUAUGA